AUGGCCAAUGCGUGCGCGCACUCGUUUCGGAUGAUCAAGUCGGACAGCACCUUGAUCCAAUUUGCAACGAACAAAAAGAGAUGCUUUGUUAGUCCCGGCGCAGGAGCAAAGACAGACCGUCGCAUCCGGAACUUUGAUUGCACAUGGCAAGGCUGCCUGGAACUUGGCAUUGGAGACGUGGUGCUGUACAAAGCGGCAUGGGCGGCACACGCCCCUCCACCUUCGCAGAUCCAUGGCUGGCGACAAGACUCCCCUUGGCUGUCGACUCAGGUGGCCGAGCUAAACGGAGCUGAGGCCAAGUCGACACGACGCCUACGGCUAAAGCAAGAAGUCUGA